GGGAUCUCCGUCGAAUAUACCAAAUAUAUUAUUAUUGAAAAAUUAAACCGCAAAUGCGUACACACUUUUAUACCCGUUUCAACACCCGUCGGGUCCCAUGGAAGCUCCCUCCCAUCCUCACCGCACCUAUUUAACACCCUCUCUGGUCUCUCCAGAUUAUCCAACCAAAGCGGGAAAAAGAGAGGACAGGUGAUCGCUCACUUAUCUUCACAUGUCGGUGAGCGUACGGACAAAGAGGGUCACCACCCCUUUCUUCAAGGAGUCGAGAGCGGGCCUCCGCUGCGCCGGUGAAUCCAGCUGCGUCGGCGACUGCGGCGCCUCCACCUGCCUCUCCGCUCAAGUCCACGCUUUCCUGGAGACUGCCGACCGCCGUACCCCCUCCGUCGCCUCCAACGAUGACGGCAGCGAAGGCGAUGCGACGGAUCCAAACGAGAGCCUCGAAGAGGGCGGCGCCUCCGAUGACAGCGAUCGCGCCGCCAUGAAGACCAUUCGCGAUCUGAUGUUCCCGGCCCUUGAUCCGGACCCAUUCCGCAGGCGAUUGGCCACCGACGUGUCUCGUGCGGCGGAGGCGCUGGCUUGGCUGAGAUCCGACGGUGGCGAAUCCGCCUACCGGCAAGCGGUGAUGGCGCGGCUGAGGGCCACGGGAUACAAUGCUGGGAUCUGCAAGGCGCGGUGGGACGCCUCCGGCGGACUCGCAGCCGGCAGCUACGAGUACAUCGACGUGGUGGAGGCGGCGGAGAGAGCAGGGCAAGGGAAGGGAAGGAGGCACAUCGUGGACUUGGACUUCGCGGCAGAGUUCGAGGUGGCGAGAGCGACUGUGGGAUACAAGGCGGUGGUGGCGGCGCUGCCGCGGGUGGCGGUGGCGGGCGAGGAGUCGGUCCGGCGAGUGGUACGCGAAGUGGCGGACGCCGCCCGGAGGUCACUGCGGACGCAGGGGCUCCACGUUCCUCCAUGGCGGAAGAGCCGAUACAUGCUCGCCAAGUGGCUCGGGCCCCAACGGCGGACGACGAGCACGAUCCCCCUGGCCGCGCUACGAGGUGAAUCCAAGUGCAGGGAAUACAAUAGGUUCCAAGCAGCACCGGCCCCCCGCGGCGGCGAUGCCCACUACCGCGCCGUAGGCUUCUCGGCGGCGCCGCUGCCCACCGCCCGUACCCGCUAACAACGACGGCCGCGGCGAAUACCAAAAAGAGAGGAAAACAGAAUUAAAAAACGUGUGCACCGCAUAGAAAAAACAUUUCUUUAUCUUCUCCGGAUAAUAUAAUUUACUACAAACGAAAAUUAAAUAAAUACUUUUCUUAAUGCUGUAAUGUCACGAAAUAAAGAUGGAUCGUAUGCUGACGUGUCGUAUAGGAUGAG